AGGAAGCAACCUUGCCAUAGUUUCUCCAAAGUUCUUGGCUUACUGUGGUAUCAAAAAGGAGCUCGCUCUUAAAACAAAGAUGGAAGAAGAGAAGAAGACAGUUAGGUGUUGCAGUGAGCGCAAGACCACCAAGACACCAAUGUGGAGAGGUGGACCAUCUUGUCCCAAGUCACUUUGCAAUGCAUGCGGGAUCAGAUUAAGGAAACAAAGACGGUCCGAGUUAUUGGGUAUUCGUAUUAUUCACAGCCACAAAGCCUACAAGAAGAUAAAUCCAUCACCAUCAUCACUAUCAUUUUCACAUGGUGGCGUGUUUUUGAAGAAACGACGGAUUCUAAAGGAGGAAGAACAAGCAGCUCUUUGUCUAUUAUUAUUGUCUCGUAACUCUGCUUUCGCCUGACAGAAAAAACAGAGUAUCUCACUGAAAAGACAGUUUUGUCCUUUAUUUUGUUCGACGCUCUUUGGGCCAGUCUUUUGAGAGGAUAAAUUUAGCGCACUAAAGCUGGGCCUAUUCUUGUGUCAACGGCCUGGCCCAUAGAGAUCAUUGGUCAACUCUUGAAUAAUGGAAUUUUA